AGACAAUAAGCCAGCCCAAAAGAGAACAAAAAGACUGCAGGACCCCUCCACCAGUAAUCUUGAAAACACAGAGAAAAAUGCAUGAAGAAUACCCAGCAGAGGAAAGACAACGACAAUUUCCUUGUCCCGAGACCACCAGAGAAAAAAUCAGACCGAAGAACCUAGAGGAAGAAGUGGCUGGAUUGCAUGAACAGUGUCAGUGUUUCAGAGACUUCCGAUAUGAAGAGGCCAAGGGACCCCGAGAGCUUUGCAGCCAGCUCCACCAGCUUUGCACCCAGUGGCUGAAACCAGAAAGGAUCACCAAAGCUGAGAUGCUGGACCUGGUGAUCCUGGAGCAGUUUGUGGCCAUCCUGCCUCUGGAGAUGAAGAGCUGGGUCCAGGAGUGUGAACCAGAGACGAGUUCCCAGGCGGUGGCCUUGGCAGAGGGCUUCCUCCUGAACCAAACAAACGAGGAGAAAUUGCAGGGAUCAUUUGUGGGAGUGACCUCUGAAAGACUCAAGGCAAGAGGACAUCCAUCUCAGGAGCUCAUCUUCAACAAAAUUUCCUCAGAAGAUCUAAGUCAGAACCUCUUAACAGGGAGAAAAACAUCGCCUGUGUUUGCAGAAUCAGAUCCUUUUGAUAAAGCAAAACCAGCAUCUAUACCUGUAGUUCGGAAUCGCGUGUCCUUCCAGGAUGUGGUCGUCUUUUUCACCGAAGAAGAGUGGGCCUUACUGGACCCUCAUCAAAAAGCUUUGCAUCGUGAGGUCAUGCUGGAAAAUUCAAGAAACGUGGCUUUUCUAGGUGAUGGGCAAGAGAAUAAGACUAAUGAGAAGGCAAGGAUGUUUCCAUUGCAAACAGUUAAGAAUGAAGGACAAGAAGAGAUGUUUCAAAAUAUAUGGAGACCAGAAGAAGGUGAGGACAACUGGCCAAGUGAUCAGGAUGAGACGUUCUCAACUACUUUAAAUAUGGAAACACAGGACCUCCAGACCCAAGAACAUCAGAAGCGAAAGAAAAAGGGACAUAAUUCAUGGUAUGGAGAACAGUUCAAAGAUAAACCUGAUAGAAACAAAGAUUGUCGGAUCCUCACAAAAGCGAAAGCUUGUGAACGCAGAGACCGUGUAGAGAGUUACUAUGAGAACUUCCCUCUGGCGUUAUAUCAGAGCGUCUCCACAGAAAACAAACCGUAUCAAUGCGUGGAAUGUGGGAAAAGCUUCAGCCACUCUAGUUCCCUCACUUCCCAUAAAAGGAUCCACACGGGGGAGAAGCCGUACAAAUGCCCAGAGUGCGGGAAAAGCUUUCGGCGCAAUACCGACCUUACAUCUCACAAAAGGGUCCACACGGGUGAGAAACCCUUCAAAUGUAUGGAAUGUGGAAAGGGCUUUACAAUGAACAGCAACCUGACGUUACAUAAAAGGAUCCACACCGGGGAGAAACCCUUUCAAUGCAUGGAGUGCGGAAAGAGCUUCAUUCAAAGGGGUCACCUCACUUGCCACAUGAGAAUCCACACCGGGGAGAAGCCAUACAUGUGCGUGGAGUGCGGAAAAACUUUCAGGUGGAGCAGUCACCUGCCUAACCACAUGAGGAUCCAUACUGGGGAGAAGCCGUACAGCUGUGCGGACUGCGGAAGGUGCUUCAGAGACCGCAGUGCCUUUCAGGCCCAUCGAAGGAUCCACACAGGAGAGAAAUGUAUAAAGUGUACGGAAUGCGGGAAGACUUGCAGAGGCAGCACGGAUCUCACGAUCCACAAAAGGAUCCACACAGGGGAGAAACCUUACAAAUGCCUGGAGUGCGGAAAGAGCUUCAUUAGAAGCAGUCACCUAUCUUCCCAUAAAAACAUCCAUCCAGGAGAUAAGCCGUUUAAAUGUCUGGAGUGCGGAAAGAGCUUUACUCAAAGCUGUUACCUCACCUACCAUAAAAGGAUCCACACGGGGGAAAAACCUUACAAAUGUCUGGAGUGUGGAAAGGGCUUCAGCAGGAGCAGUCACCUUUCUUACCAUAGAAACAUCUACCAUGGGGAGAAACCCCAUAAAUGUAUGGAGUGUGGGAAAAACUUUACUCAGAGCUGUUACCAUGUGUCCCAUAAAAGUGUCCAUGUAAAGGAAAGCCCAUAAAAAUAUUGUAUGCGUAUUUUACUGCAUCUUCUUGUUUUUACAUUUUUUUUGUAAACUUAUCUUGAGUGGUUAUAGAAAUAGAAAGGUGUGGUAUAAAUGUAAUAAUCAAUAAAAAAUAAUUA